GUUGCGACUUCCUUCAGCAACAUUGCGUCACAUGUCAUUGAAAAGGUUCCAUAUUAACAACUUCGACAUGCUUCCCCAGGCGGGAAAGGAGUUUGUAGUCCGUAUUCGGUUCUCGUGGCGGCAGCUGUUCCAGGGUCGGUAUCUCCUCCUCACCAACACUUUGAGCGGAGGAGGCAUGCUGGCGCUGGGGGACUUCCUGCAACAGAGCCGGGAGAGGUAUAAAAACCCGGCCAAAGUCCGAGACUGGAAUAGGACAGGUCGUAUGUUUGCGGUGGGCUGCUCCAUGGGUCCAGUGCUGCACUUUUGGUACCUAUGGCUAGACAGAAGGUUUGUGGGACACGCUCUGAACACAGUGGUCAAGAAGGUUCUAGUGGACCAGAUGAUUGCAUCGCCAACACUCGGCUUGUGGUACUUUUUAGGUAUGGGUGUCAUGGAGGGACGCUCUUUAUCUCAAGGAUGGGAGGAGUUUAGAGACAAAUUCUGGGAAUUUUAUAAGGCUGACUGGUGCGUUUGGCCCGCGGCUCAGAUGAUCAACUUUUAUUAUCUUUCGCCCAAAUACCGUGUGGUGUACGUCAACACCAUUACCUUAGGGUGGGACACCUACCUCUCCUAUCUCAAACACAGAGAUGACAGUAAGCCCUCUGAGCCGCUAUCAGACAACAGUGUGUCCGAUGUGCAGCAGGAAGCUCUGCCACCAUCCAAACCUCUGGAGGAGAAAAGUGAAUGGUGAUUGGUGAAAGACAAACUGUUUGUUCCAGAUGACGGAACCUGCUGCAAAAAGCUUGAAGGUGGCACCUUUGGCUUUUUAAUCGUAUGGCGGUCGUUUUGUCUGUUUAUUCAGGCAGUGCGAUGCGUUUGUGACACUGUUCAGGGAUUCAAAGCAAACAGAAGAGCUGUUUCACUGCCUGCAGAAAGACAGCAGGACUGCUUAACGUGUUAGGAUGGAAGAAUUCCUAAACUUGAUGCUGGUUACUGUAAGUUAUAUUUAAACAGUGUAAAUCUAAACUGGCUUCUUAAGUAAAUUUAGUUUUUUUUACAUUUAAUAAUGAUUGUAAUGUGAAAAUAGUAUUUAACAUUAUUUUGAAGGUACAGUCAUUUCAAGCCAAAAUCUAGGACCCUGUUACCAUUACUAGAGUGACGAUUCGAUUGUCGAUUCAACACCAUUCGCGAUUCAAACCAAUUCAUCCAUCCAUCUUCUGCCGCUUAUCUGAGGUCGGGUCACGGGGGCAGCAGCCUAAGCAGAGAAUUUCAGACUUCCCUCCCCCCAGCCACUUUCCCGAGGCGUUUCCAGGCCAGCCGGGAGACCUAGUUAUUGCAAACUAAUGAAAAAUUACGAAAAAUUGAUUCUUAUAUUUACAAAAAAACGUUUUUCUUUUUUUAAUCGAUUUUUGGAAAUUAUGAAUAAAUCGGAAUCGGGAUGAAUAAGGAUUGCGAUUCAGAUGCGAAUCAAUGUUGGUGCACCUCUAAUAAUCAGUAUAAACAGGUUUUUAUGUUCAAAUGUUCACUUUUAAUUAAAUAAUAGGGUAGAAUCCUAUCCUAUCCUACCUAUCAAUUCCAUCUUGUUCCUAAUUACAUUUUAAGUUAUAUUACGUUUUUUCAAGUCCUGGGAUGUUUUGAGGGAUUUUGGGUUCAACUAUAUCUCACCUUGCCUCGCUUGUGUGACGUACUGUACUGUUUUUUUCUGUGACGACGGACCAUGGCGCUACAUGCCGUACCUGUAUCCCCUCACAUAGUGUGGAGAACUCUCACUCUCAACGAAAUAAAAAUACCACGUCAACAA